CGAUUUAUGUUUUUAUAAGUCAAUAUGGCUGCCACCAUGUUGUAAAAUGUAAACAACUCUAACUCAGAACAUUUACUGUUAAAUUGUUUUGCAAUUACUUCACGAUUUAUUUCCAUAACAGCACUGUUAUUAAAUAUACAAUAUAGGGUAAUAGAAGCCGGCGUUUCUAACUUAUAAUUAUGUCUAUAAAUGAGGCUCAGCAGGAAGAGUUAGAAGUCUUAAAGUCUAUAUAUGAUGGAGAUAGUGCCUUUAAACAGAUUAGUGAUACAGUCUUUCAAUAUAAGUUUGGUGAGGAGGGCAGCUACAAAUGUUUCCUGGUUGAAAUAUCCUGGCCCCCAAACUAUCCAGAAGAACUCCCUGUGAUAAACAUGGAACUUUUUUAUAACAGACACGUAGUCCCAGUAGUGAAAGAAACUGUAAAGACAGGCUUGACCCAUCAGGCCGAAGAACUUUUGGGAAUGUCUAUGACAUUUUCAUUGUUUGAGUGGGUCAAAGACAAUUUGGAAACAUUGUUAGCAGAUCAACCCAAUGCCCCAGCAGUGUUAACUCAACAGGCUCCAGCUGUUGAGGAAGACCCUGAAGACGCCCCUCAGAAAAAGGAGAAGAAAGAGCAAAUGACCAAGUCUCAGAAAAGAAGAUUGUUUGACCGUUUUGGGGCAACUACUGACCGGCCCAGAGGAUGGGAUUGGGUAGACAUUAUAAAACAUUUAGCACAGACAGGAAACAAACCAGAUUCAUAGUGUCCUGAGUGUCUUUGCUUGUAGUGUCUUGUUUUUUGUGUCCUGUCUUGUUUAGUCUUCAUUAUGUGUAGUCAAAAAAAAUAAUUUUUAUGAUUAAAUAUGUCAUUAAAUAUGUCAAUUUUUUGUUU